AUGACAUCCUCUCGCUAUUCAGGGCCUUCGUGCCGCGAUCUAGAUCAUACUCUACGUAUUGAUGCUGGAUCCUGUCGCGGAGGAUUCGAUUUCUCUCUUUUGUUUGAGGAGACUAUCCUCCAGAUGUUACCUAUUUUAUUAAUGCUAAUCAUUAUUCCUGUCCGUCUGUGGCAUCUCUCGCAAAAACGAAACAAAGUUGUGGGAUCAUGGUUGGUCCUCAUCAAGCUUGCGGCUUGGUUGGCACUAUUGGGUCUGCAAAUUGCACAAACAGCCCUAUGGGCCCUUCCGGCAGCCGACAGUACUAAGGCGUCGGUUCCAGCCAAUGUGCUCCUGACCAUCGGCGUACUCGCUCUCGCUCUGCUCUCAUAUGCAGAACACACGCGCUCUGUGCGACCCUCGUUCAUUUUGAACACCUACCUCUUCUGCAGCCUGCUUUUCGAUGUCGCUCGGUCUAGAACCCUGUGGCUUCGCAGUGUGGACGCCUUCAAUAAUAUCCUUGCCAUUGUCGCUACAGUAGCGGUGGGUGUCAGACUACUUCUAUUCGUGCUCGAGGCCGUAGAGAAGAGACACAUUCUCAAAUCGGAAUAUACUGGUUAUCCUCCAGAAGCGACUGCAGGUUUCUAUAACCGUGCUGUGUUCUGGUGGCUGAACCCACUGUUUAAGAUCGGCUUCACCGGUGUCCUGCGUGUAGAGGAUCUAUUCUUAUUAGAUAAAGAACUGAGCUCCGAGCGCCUACUGGCUCGAUUUGACGAGAAAUGGAGCAAAGUGACAAAUAAAUCACCCAACACUCUCCAAUGGGAGUCAUUGAAGGCUGUCAAAUGGCCUCUGCUUGCAGGUGUUCCUGCCAGAGCUUGCGUUGUGGCCUUCAACUUCUGCCAGCCUUUACUCCUAGAGAGAUCGCUCUCUUUCUUCAAUUCGCCCGUCAACCAGGGUACCCAAAACAUUGGGUAUGGACUGAUUGGCGCCUAUCUCAUGGUUUACGCCGGACUGGCGGUUUCAAUGGGCCAGUAUCAGCAUCUCACAUACCGCGGGAUUACCAUGGUCCGUGGUGUUCUUGUCACAAUGCUAUACAAGAAAGCCAGCUGUCUGAACCUCGGGGAGACCGAUCCCGCCAACUCUCUCACUUUGAUGAGCGCAGAUGUCGAGCGCAUCACAAACGGAUGGCAAACCAUGCAUGAGAUCUGGGCAAACUCGAUUGAGAUUGCUUUAGCUAUCUAUCUUCUUAAGAUUCAGCUUGGAAUUUCCUGUGUUGUUCCUGUUUGUGUCGCUCUGUUUGCUUUGGUUGGAUCGUUGGUCGGCAUGUCCUUUGUAGUCGCACGACAAGCCAAGUGGCUGGAAGCUAUCGAGAAGCGCAUUUCCUCUACUUCUGGGAUGCUUGGCUCGAUCAAGGGAGUCAAGAUGCUCGGUUUGCAGGAUUCCUUUAUGAAGUUCGUUCACGGUCUUCGGAUCAGCGAGCUGGAUAUCUCCAAGAAGUUCCGUACCCUUCUCGUUUACAACAUGGCUUUUGCCUGGUUGACUCGCAUUUUUGCCCCCAUCUUCACCUUCGGUGUUUAUGUCGGCAUCUCAAGCAAUCCUUUGACUGUCUCUCGGGCUUUCACAUCCCUGUCUCUGUUCUCGCUUCUUGCAGACCCUCUCUUGACCUUGGUGAUGGCACUUAUGUCUUUCGCUGGCGCGGUCGGGUCUUUCCAGCGCAUUCAACAGUUCUUGGACAAAGAGGACCACGCUGAUCGCAGGAAUAGCUCCUCGCAGACUUUGUUCCUCGAUGAUCUCGCUGAAAAGCGAGAGUUGUCGAAGGACCUUGACCUUUCUUCCAUUAACUCAGACUCUGUCGAGUCGCUCAAGCGCUGCAGUGCUCUGCCUUCUGCGAACGCUGUCGUUGUCCAAAGUGGAAGCUUUGGAUGGGAAGCCGACAAGGAUCAUAUUCUCAAGGACAUUACCAUGACUAUCCCCCGAGGCAGCUUCACUGUUCUCAUUGGACCCUCUGGGUGCGGCAAGUCUACUUUGCUCAAGGCUCUCCUGGGAGAAAUCCCCUGUUCCGAGGGCAAGGUUGCACUCGCAUCUCACAGCGUUGCGUACUGUGAUCAAACGCCGUGGCACAUGAAUGGCACCAUCAAAGACAGCAUCGUUGCGAUGUCUGACUAUGAUCCUCAAUGGUAUGCCUCUGUGAUUCAGGCUUGCGCUCUGGGAGAAGACCUCGCACAGCUCCCUCGUCGGGACGCUGCUGUUAUCGGAAGCAAAGGUGUCGCCCUGAGUGGGGGUCAAAGCCAACGUAUCGCACUUGCACGAGCAGUCUAUGCCCGGAGAAAGAUCGUGAUCCUCGAUGAUGCCCUCAGUGGUCUGGACGCUACCACGGAAAACCACAUCUUCCACAGCCUUUUAGGGCCCAGAGGACUUCUGAAGGAAAUUGAAUCUACAGUCAUCGUCGCUUCAUCUUCUGUCAAACGUCUUGCCUACUCCGACCACAUCGUUGUCUUAGAGGCAGGUGGUCGGAUUGGCGAACAGGGAAGCUUUGCUGCUCUGAACAAGACCGGUGGAUAUGUGUCAAGCUUUGGACUCGGGCUGCCCGAUUGGGAAUACAAGCCUAAGCGAUUCUCCGACUCUCCCAGUUACAGCAGCAUGGACACAGUCCAGAAAGAAAAGGAGGCUGUAAUCCAAAACCCAGAGCAUCACGACCGGGGUGGCGAUCUCGGAAUCUACACAUACUACAUCGACGCCAUUGGAUGGCUCCCUGCAAUUAUUUUCAUGGUCGCAAUGGCCGGUUUUGUGUUCUGCAUCUCAUUCCCCAGCAUCUGGGUUAAAUGGUGGGCCCAGUCCGACACCGAACACCCCAAGCAGGAGAUCGGUCAUUAUCUCGGUAUCUACGCGAUGCUUGGCUGUGUCGCUAUGCUCGCACUGAUUGCCGGCUGCUGGCAAAUGAUCAUCACCAUGGUUCCAAAAUCUGGCGAGAGCUUCCACCGCAAGCUGCUGACCACUGUCCUCGCCGCUCCGAUGCUGUUCUUUUCCACUACGGACAGCGGUUCAAUCCUUAACAGGUUCAGUCAAGACUUGCAACUCAUCGAUAUGGAGCUUCCUAUAGCUGCAAUCAACACUGUUGCUACAUUCUUCCUCUGUCUAGCACAGAUGGCUCUCAUUGGAGUCUCCUCCAAAUACGCAGCUAUCUCCUUCCCGAUCGUCCUUGGUAUCUUGUUCCUGAUUCAGAAGAUGUACCUGCGCACCUCGCGCCAGCUUCGUUACUUGGAUAUCGAGGCCAAGGCUCCGCUGUACUCGCACUUCACCGACUGUCUUCAAGGCCUUGUGACUCUGCGGGCCUUCGGAUGGCAACACGCCAUGGAGAAGAAGAACAUCGCUCUCCUGGAUCACUCGCAACGACCCUUUUACUUCAUGUUCGCUAUCCAGCGCUGGCUCACAUUGUCGCUGGACAUGGUUGUGGCGGGAAUCGCUGUUCUUCUGAUCGUGCUGGUCGUUGCCCUGCGUGGAUCUACCCUCAGCGCAGGCUACGUUGGUGUCGCCCUCCUGAACGUUAUCCAGUUCAGUCAGAGCAUCAAGCUUCUGGUUACUUUCUGGACCAACUUGGAGACGCAUAUCGGUUCCAUUCAGCGCAUCAAGGACUUUACGUCAACUGUCGAGUUGGAAGACAAGCCUGGUGAAGACCAAGAUGUGCCCCCUAACUGGCCUUCAAAGGGUGCGGUCGCCUUCAACUCCGUCUCUGCGGCUUACAGACCCUCCGAACCAGUUCUCAACGAUGUCUCUCUUACCAUCCAGGCAGGCGAGAAAGUCGGCAUCUGCGGACGCACCGGAAGUGGCAAAACCUCUAUGAUCAUGAGCAUCUUCCGAAUGAUGGAACUAACCAGCGGCACCAUCACCGUGGACGGAGUUGACAUCAGUCGACUUCCCCGACGGGAGAUCCGCUCACUCAUCAACGGCGUAUCACAAGACUCCCUCCUCUUCAAAGGCAGCGUGAGAUUGAACGCCGAUCCAACAGGCCGCCAUACCGACCGAGACAUCUUGGCAGCUCUCAAGAGCGUCCAGCUCCUCCCUGCGAUCGAAGAAAAGGGGAAUCUCGACACAGACGUUGACGAGAUCCACCUGUCUCACGGCCAGAAGCAGCUAUUCUGUCUUGCCCGCGCCCUUCUUCGUCCAGGCAACAUCCUCAUUUUGGAUGAAGCAACUAGCAACAUCGAUACCAAAACAGAUGAGAUCAUGCAGCGUGUCAUCAGAGAGAAAUUCUGUAAUCACACUAUCGUCGCCGUCGCACACAAACUCGACACAAUCCUCGACUUCGAUCGUAUCGUUGUCUUGGACGCUGGUCGCAUUGUUGAGAAUGGGGAACCGUUCGCGCUUCUCACUGAGCCCAAGUCGCACUUUAGCAAACUUUAUGCGAGUGCGACGGCGACAGAGGAAUCAGAUUAA